UUGGGUGGCACGGGCAACAUAACCGGUUUAACUAAACGUUUACCUAUUUCAAAUGGCUUUGCUGGUUGCAUACGCCGUUUUGUGGCUAAUGCUCACGAUUAUAAAUUUGAAGAGCAUCCUUUAGGUGAUGUCAGCAAAGGAUUUGAUAUACAGGAUUGCGUUACUGACAAAUGCUUUAAAUAUCCUUGUCAACAUGGCGGUAAAUGUUUACCUUCCGAUCAAGGAGCGAUGUGUCUGUGUCCUAUAGGUUUUGUAGGUGAUUUAUGUGAAAUUCGCAUGGAUUUACAGGUUCCUUCCUUUAAUGGUUCCUCAUUUUUGCGUUAUGCUCCUUUAGGCGAUAGUGCCUUAAUAUGGUUGGAAUUAAAGGUAAUUUUAAAGCCAGAGCAAGCGGAUGGUUUGAUUUUAUAUUCGGGCGCUAAACGUCAUGGCGAUUUUAUCGCUUUAGCUUUGACUAAUGGUUUUGUCGAGUUCAUCUUUGAUUUGGGCAGUGGCCCAGCGGUGGUCAGGAGCGAAUAUGCUUUAGCCAUAGGCCAAUGGCAUACAAUACAAAUAUCUCGCACUGCCAGGUUAGCUGUAUUAAAGAUCGAUCAACUACCUGAAAUCAUGACAGUAUCUUCAAAUGGUUUUUGGCAUCUUUCUUUGCCGGAAAAUCUCUUUGUUGGUGGUGUUAAUCAUGUCGACAAAUUGCCUUUAGAUUUAAAAAGCAAACCUUUUCUUGUGGGUUGUAUACAACGUAUUGAGAUAAACGGCCACUCGUUGGCAAUUAUAUCUGAAGCAUUGGGCGGCACUAACAUAGGCAAUUGCCCUCAUGCCUGUGUGGCUCGACCCUGUGGCCCCCUAGCAGAGUGUAUACCGCAGAUGGAAAGUUAUGAAUGUCGUUGUAACAUCUACAACACGCAGUGCAAUAGAGAGGCAGAAUUAUCCUUCAAUAGGUUACGUAAGCAGAAAGUCUUGGCCAAGGAACCGCAAGCAACAAGCAAGUUAGUUGCGGCCAGAGAAGCCAAGCAACAUGGGGAUGACCUAACACAGAAAAGCGGCCUAAAAAUAAAACAAAAACGUUGGCAGCAGCUGGUUGAGAAUAAUGAGAAAAAAAAGAUUGUAAACAAACCUUACACGAGAUGGUAUUUGCAACAGCAUAAAACCGCACAGAGAACAAUGCCAAUCGCCAAAGCAACGGCAACAACAACAAAAACUACUACUACUACUACUACUGCUAAAACAAAGGCCACUAUACCGACAACGCAGACAACAGCACUUACAGACGACACUAUUGAAUCAAUAAAUUGGCAAGCAUUGCAAAGCUUAGAUUUAAUAACACUUAGCGAUUCCCAAGACCAAGAUAAGGAGGAGCAAGGACGCGAAGACAGUGAAGACAUGAAUGAAGAAAAUGAAGAUUCUGAUGAAAUUGAAGAUGAUAUCAUAUUUGAGAAAGUUAAGGCAAUACGUGAACGUUUGCAGAAGGAGCGAGAAAAAAAGCAGCAAGAACAACAACAACAACAGUAUAAUUACGAUGACAAAAAUGCACAACGAAUUGGAGAGAACAAACACAAGCGCCGAGCAACGAAUCAUCAUCAAAGCAAAAGCUUACACAAACAACACUACCAUCGUUUUCACCCCAAUCACAAAACAACUUUGGAGGAUAAAACUCAGCAUAAGCUAAGUCGUUUGCCAACCCAUUAUGAAAGUUUUCAAGCUAAUACCGGUAGUGACAUAUUGACUUUUGAUGAUCCUAUAAUGGUGGAAGACCAGCUUAGAGAAUUAGCUCCAACGAAAACAGACGAGGCAGAGCCUGACGAAAUUGAUGAUGAGAUUAAUGAUGACAAAUAUCAGCAAAAGACAUUUGUUAUGGAUGCUUCACUGUUUGAUGCUAGCGAUGGCACCGAAGAAUAUCAACGCAAACAAUUUGCUCAGGACAUGAAACGAAUUAUGGCAAACACAAAAGGGCCCUAUGUACCGAAAAUGCCCCAGUUAGUAAUCAGCGAAUAUGAUUAUAGCGAGGAAUUAGAUCUGACCAAACAAAACGAUAGCGAUAGUAAUGAUAACGACAACAAAGAAGAAAGCAAUGCCAAUGAUGGAAUAGUUGUCGAUAAUCUGAAACUUAUAGACGUCGACUAUACGGCCAUAACACCGAAAUUGUUAGAUGAGAACAGAAAACCAACAACCAGUAUAACGACAAGUACACAAACUCAAACUGACUGGAGCUUACUUAGCAAAUUCGAUUUGGACUCCGAUCAACCACAUCAUACUAUUGGAGUCCGCAAAAAUUUUGGUGCUUGUUUUGCCGGACACGACAGCUAUUUCCAUUACAACGAUGCCGAAACGAUGAGCCAAAUCAUUAGCUAUACAAUUGAUUUGAAUUUGCGCAUCAAAACUCGAUCAGACAAUGGAGUGAUCUUAUGGACCGGUAAAGUGGGAUCAACAGAUCGCGAUAAGGAUGAUUAUCUAUCUUUGGGCAUUGAAAAUGGUUACUUACACUUUCGCUAUAAUUUGGGUUCGGGCGAGAUUGAUAUACGAUUUAAUGCUACCAAAGUAAGCGAUGGCUUAUGGCAUCGUGUUCGUGCUAUAAGAGAUUCUCAAGAAGGCUAUUUAGAAGUAGACGGUCGCAAAAGCAACUCGCUGAGAUCUCCGGGCAAAUUACGGCAAUUAAAUACCGAUACAGGUUUAUACGUGGGUGGAAUGCCAGACGUUCAAUAUUUUACCAGGCAACGCUACGCCAGCGGCAUUGUGGGUUGCAUAUCAGAAAUCGUCUUAGCCGGUGAAUUAAAAAUGAGUUUCGAUCCAAAUACACUGGGCACAGCGCACAAUGUAGAAACAGGUUUACUCUGAAAUGAUCUGCCAGCAAUACUUAAAUCCUGAUAUUAGAAUAGAGACUAGAAUCUAGAAAACAACGUAUUCAUUGUUUAAUGAAACAACAAAAACAACAACAACUACAAUAACAAUAAUAAUUUCCGGAAUUAGGAGCAAAAAACGUGGUAAACAAAAAAAUUAAAGCAAAGAUGAAAUAUUUUUCAGUAACUAC